AUUUUUUAUACACAUGCAACACCUUCCACAAAAUUUAUAUAUUUUAUAAUUAAUUACACCAUUUCGCUUUAUAAAAGGCAGAAUGCAUAAAAUUUAAUAUAUUUUUAUUUUCUUCGCAAGAAAUUGUUCUGACUAGUAAGUUACAUAUCUAGUAACAUAUUAUUUCCGGAACUAAAAUCGUCACUCGUUAAUUAGCGGGAACUUUGGCGGCAAUGUCAAGAACGGUUCUGUCAGUAAUACUCGGGUGUACAUGACUGUUGGAUGUUAUUGUAUUUAAAGUGAAAAAUGGGUAUCACUGGUCUACUUCCAUUUUUAGAAAAAGCCUCUAAAAGAAUAAAUGUUGAACAAUUUUCCGGUGGUACUGUUGCUAUUGAUUCUUAUUGUUGGUUGCAUAAAGGCGUAUUUUCUUGUGCUGAUAAACUGUCAAUGGGACAUCCAACAGACGCAUAUGUUCAUUAUUGUAUGAAGUUUAUACAUAUGUUGUUAUCUUAUAAAAUAAGACCAAUACUUGUAUUUGAUGGAAGACAUUUGCCUGCUAAAGCACAAACCGAAGUAAAACGACGAGAAAAUAGACAGGCAAAUCGUCGCAAAGGUAUUGAACUAAUGCAGAUGGGACAACAUGCAGAGGGAAGAAAUUUAUUGAGAAGGUCCAUAGAUGUUACACAUGAAAUGGCUUUAGAGUUGAUCAAACAAUGCCAUGAAAUGAAUAUUGAUUGUAUUGUAGCACCAUAUGAAGCAGAUGCACAGUUAGCAUACCUUAACAUCAAUGGAAUUGCUGAUGUUGUUAUCACCGAAGAUAGUGAUUUAAUACUAUUUGGUUGUAAAAAGGUAUUGUUCAAAAUGGAUUUAACUGGUAAUGGUCUUUUAGUUGACCAAGAACAAUUACAUCUUGCAAUGGAAAUACCUUCUAAACAUUUUAAUAUGGAUGACUUCUGCUAUAUGUGUAUUCUAUCAGGCUGUGAUUACUUACCAUCUCUUCCUGGUAUUGGGUUAAAUAAAGCACGAAAGUUUAUAAAACUAAAUAAAGACUGUGAUAUACACAAAGCUUUAACUCGUUUAGGAUCUUACUUAAAUAUGAAAUCUUUAGUUGUUACAAAAGAGUAUAGAGAUUCAUUUACAUUGGCAGUUAUCACUUUCAAGCAUCAGUUAGUGUUUUGUCCUUUAAAAAGGAAACAAGUUCGUUUAAAUCCACCUACAUCUGAUGUAACAGAAGAACAAUUAUAUUAUGCCGGUCUAGAAAUAGAUCCAGAUAUUGCAUUGCAGCUUGCACUUGGAAACUGUGAUCCUUUUACUCUAAAAACACUUCAUAAUUUUAAUCCUGAUAAAAUAAAGAAUAAAGUUAAUAAAUGCAACAUUUGGACACAGAAAGCAGGACUAUCUCAACAUAUUAGUAUUUGGUCAAAAGAAUAUAAAUUAGUACAAAAUCAAUUGCAAGACACUUGUCAAGGAAAGAAGCUAACAGAUUGGUGUACUGUUAAUUCAGAAGCAAUUCUUCAGACAAAUCGUUUAAGAAGAUCUAUUUUUGUAAAACAGCAAGAUAGUUCUGAACACGAACAACUAAAUCAAAAGGAAAUUUUAGAUAUAUAUAAAUCUACAAAUACAAUGGAUAUUGAAAAUAAUCUAGAUACAAGUAGUCUUACUCCUAGCGAAGAUAAAGUAUCUCCUGUUUUAAUUAGAAAACAAAAUUUAUUUUCAAAACGUUCAUCUAGUAUCAAAACUUCUCCAAGCCUUUUAUCUUCUAGUAAAAGUCGAAUAAACGGAAGGAAUAUGCGUAUCAGGCGAACAAUUAUAGAUGAAGGAACUGUUACAGAAAGUAAAUUCUUUGUUAAGGAUAAUACUCACGAAAAUUAUACUCCAAUAGAUAAUGAAAUUACGAACUCAAAUGAAAUUUCAUUAAAAAAAGAAAACAUGGAAGUAAAUAAAAAUAACCACACAAACAAUAUUAAUUUAAAACUUUUAAUGUUAAAUGAGGAAGUGGGGAAGGAUGAUCGUAUGGAUAUUGAUGAAGAGCAUAAAGCACCAAUUACAAAUGCAUCAAAUGAGUGCAAAAAUAUUGAACCCUUAAACACUUCUAAUUGUGAUUUAGGAACAUCACAUUUAGAUGUUUCAAUGAAUGAAAAUAUUGCAAAAAAUGCUAAUAAAAACGAAUUACACAAUUUAAAUACUUCAUUGACAACGUUGGAAUUUAACAUAGAUUCCGACUUCUUAAUUCGACAAGAAGAUAUAAAUACUUCAAAUAGCUUAUUCACGUGGUCUGAUACAAAAAUAUCCACACAAACAAGUAAUAAAAUAAAACAAAACAAAAGUAGAAGUUCUUCAAAUUUUCGCACAGUUCUAAAAAGUAAAAUGAACACGACAAACGGUACACGGCGAAGCCAACAGUUACAAUCACCAGUACAAAGGCAACAAAGUUUAUUAAGUAUGUAUGGGUUUGAAAAAAAAAUAUUACAUUCAUUAACACAUUAAAGUUACUAAUUGUAAAACAAAUGUGUGCUGUGCUACAUUUUUUGUAAUAAUUUUUAACUUAUUAAUUACUGCAAAAAAGAUAUGUAUGAAGAAUACUCAAGAGAUUUUAAUACAGAUUUUAUCGUAACUAUAAUAUAAUAUAGAUAACAAUUUGUUAUAAAUAUACUUUUAUAUACAUACAAUGUACAUAUAUUUUUUUUAAAGUAAAUUCUUUUUACAAUUUCA